AUGCUUGAGCAAGAAAAUACUUGUACUCGAAAGGAUUUUCUUCAGUUACUGCUGGAUACUACAAACGAGGAUGUGUCACAAGAACCAAAGCAAUUGCAAGAAGCUGACGAUUUAGCUUCUGUCAUUGAACUCGUAGCUAAAUGCUGGAUCUUUUUUCUCGCUGGAUUCGAAUCCACUGCAACUACGCUAUCGUUGGCUCUCAAUCCACAAGUACAACAAAAGGCAAUCCAAGAGUUUGAUUCAGCUCUUUCUUCUUUAGAUGGAAACAUUUCUUAUGAAUCUCUGCAAAAUAUGAAGUAUCUUGAUAAUGUUAUGUUAGAAACGUUGCGCGUGUAUCCAGCGGGACUAAGUGAGCGAGCUAAGAGAGAUCAAUUAGUCUACAUGUCAUUCGGGUUAGGUCCAAGAAAUUGCAUAGGCACGCUAUUUGUACUUGUGGAAAUGAAAGACGUGGGUGGCAUUACCCUCUAUCAAUAG